CGCCUCGAUCCAAGCAUCGCCAUGUCUACCAAGAAGCGCCUCGUCGUCGUGGUCUGUGGCUGGAUGGGCGGCUCGCGGCGCGCGGUCGACAAGUACGCCGCCGUGUACACGCGGCUCGGCUGCAAGGACGUUGUCGUUGUCCAAAACUCGAUGCUUGACUUUUUCAAGGCAGAUGUGCACGCUGCGACAGCGGCGCGGCUUCAGCAGCUCGGCGACGACUGCGCGUUCGUGCCGCAUCUGCUCUCGAACGGCGGGUGCAAGUCGUGGACGUCCAUCGACACGCACAUGCGCAACGCCAACCAUGCGUUCCACGUGCCGGCCAUGGUCUUUGACUCGGCGCCGAGCCGCGGCGAGCAAGCCGCCGUCGACUUUACGUGGCGCGGUGCACGCCACCUCCGGACGUUGCGCGAGCGCCUCGCGGUGCGGCUCUCGCUGAGCGCACUCAAGUGGCUGCCGCCCUUUCGACCGGCGCACGAGCAAUUCAAGGACCACUGGCGACUCUGCUUUGAUACGUACAAGGCGGUGCCCAAGCUCUUCCUCUACUCGUCACGCGACACGUUUGUGGACCCGGAGAGCAUCCGCACCGCGAUGGCAACGGCGAACGAGAGCGCUACGAUCGUCGACGCAGUCGACUUUGCGACGUCGGGGCACGUGCAACACCUCGCGACCGACCCGACGAGAUAUGCGCGUGCGCUUCAAGCGUUCUGCGCCAAGGCGCUGUCGCCUUCGACAGCCAUCAACGACCACGUCCAGAAGAAGACGAAGGUCGUCAUCCAAGCGAUCGUGACCACCGACGAAGCUCCGCGCUCCCAGCGCCAGCGCCGCGCGACGGCGGCGUAGCGAGUCGUCGGAGAUUGUGGUCAUGUUGUCUAAAUGCAUAAAUGCUAGUCGUAUCUGCUUGUGCUUUGUG